AUAUUUUUUCGUUAAAAAUAUCGAAAUAUCUUACAGCCCUAGCAUUCUUCAUUGUGUGUGACUAUUUGGUUCGGCAUACUCUAGUGUUCGAGUGAUAAUAAUUAAGUAGGACAAAGUUAUUUGUGCUUUCAAAUAAUAUUAUACAGUUUCGCCUAAUGAUGCUUUCAUGGAAAAUAUAAUAGAUUAUCUGGAUAUGUAAAGAGAAUGUAUCCUUAAACUUCCCAUUAAACAAUACUCCUGCACUUCAUCAAAUAUGGAAUGUGCUGAUACCGUGGAUCCAACCAUCUCUUCAGGAGAAGGUUUAUCAGUUGACUUAAACACCGAACAAGCUUUACAAACUGAUCUGCUUCCAACAUGUAGUUUAGUUGAUAUGGAUAUAGAAAAAAAAUCGGACCAUUUAGGUAACAUACCGGGAUUUCGAUGGAAACGUGUUCUCAACCCCACAGGACCACAACCUCGACCUAGACAUGGUCACCGUGCUAUAAACAUAAAGGAGCUUAUGGUUGUAUUUGGCGGCGGUAAUGAAGGAAUAGUGGACGAAUUGCACGUUUAUAACACUGUUACAAAUCAGUGGUACGUGCCGGUGUUAAAAGGAGAUGUGCCGAAUGGAUGCGCCGCAUAUGGAUUUGUCGUUGAAGGCACACGCAUGUUCGUCUUUGGGGGAAUGAUCGAAUACGGAAAAUAUUCGAACGACCUUUAUGAGCUUCAAGCUACCAAGUGGGAGUGGAGAAAAAUGUACCCAGAAUCACCAGAAACUGGAAUUUCUCCUUGCCCUCGUUUGGGACACAGUUUUACAAUGGUUGGAGAAAAAAUAUUCUUGUUUGGCGGCUUGGCAAACGAAUCGGAUGACCCUAAAAAUAAUAUCCCAAAGUAUUUAAAUGAUUUGUAUAUAUUGGAUACUAGAGGUGUGCACAGUCACAAUGGAAAGUGGAUAGUGCCAAAAACAUAUGGCGAUAGUCCACCACCGCGGGAGUCCCAUACUGGUAUUUCCUUUUCUUGCAAGAAUACUGGAAAACUUAAUCUUUUAAUUUAUGGCGGGAUGAGUGGAUGCCGCUUAGGCGAUUUGUGGCUGCUUGAUACUGAUUCCAUGACAUGGUCGAAACCGCGAACACUUGGACAGCCCCCAUUGCCCCGCUCUUUGCAUAGCUCGACGAUGAUCGCUAACAAGAUGUAUGUUUUUGGUGGCUGGGUCCCCUUGGUUAUAAAUGAUUCUAAAUCUACAACAGAGAGGGAAUGGAAAUGCACAAAUACGCUUGCUGUACUUAAUUUAGAUACAAUGGCUUGGGAUAAUAUUACAUUGGACACGAUAGAGGAAAACGUACCUCGGGCUCGAGCUGGCCACUGCGCCGUUGGUAUUCAAAGUCGACUUUAUGUUUGGUCUGGCCGUGAUGGUUAUCGAAAAGCAUGGAACAACCAGGUUAGGGUGUGCUGCAAAGAUUUAUGGUACCUGGAAGUGACAAAGCCUCUUUAUGCUGUUAAGGUUGCACUCGUGCGCGCUUCUACUCACGCUCUCGAGCUUUCAUGGUCUGCAACCACGUUUGCUGCUGCAUAUAUUUUACAAAUUCAAAAGAUAGAUCAAUCAGUAAACACAGUUUCCAAAUCCUCAACUCAGAAUCUUGUACAUCAUGGAACAACAGCAACUGGAGGAGUUGAAAAGGUUGGAAUCGAAGCAAACGCUUCCGCAGACGAAUGCUCUAAAGCCGUAAAGAGUCUUCAUCAAACUGGCAGUACCACAGGAUCAAUAGUUAAACCGCAAACAUCUUCAAAUUGUACUGGCUUUGGCGAUGUAUUAGAUUCACAGUCACUGUCAUCAGCAAGCUCUCAGUUUCAAACGAAAUCAAUUACAAAUGAAGGUAACGCCUCAUUUUCCACAUCGACGUUGGUAGCUCCUGUACAACCGCAAAUAUCUGUAUCCAACAGUACUGUCAGUACAAACAGUACCCUCUGUGGUAGUACCGUUAGUGGCAUUCUGCAAAAGUUUCGUCCCAAUAUUACAACAUCUAGAUCAAUGACCACGAACUCGACAACAACGUCCGCUGGAACUGAUUCUGCCUCUUUACGAGUAACAAGUUCCAUAGCGGGAAACGUUGUUUUAACUUCAGUUUCCUCAAGUGGAGCCUUGCGACUUGUUCCCAGUGCGGCUGCUACUCCAACAAUUCGGUUAGCUUCUGCUCAUUCAAAUGCUGCAAAUAGUGGCUCUACAUCAAAUUUAAUAAAAACAGCAAUACCUAGUGCUUGUGGACAAUUCCAAACUUCCAGUACGGCUGCACCAAUUGGUGGAAAACAGUACUUCAUCCAAAAGCCACUUACCUUAGCUCCAAAUGUUCAGCUACAAUUUGUGAAAACCAGCAGUGGCGGAAUGGCUGUGCAAACUUUACCGAAAGUUAACUUUAACAUAGGAAAAAAUACUAACACCCAAAGUGAUGGUACGACAAAUCAACAGUCUGGCACCAGCCAACUUCAGGGACCUGCGCUUUCUGGAAGUCCAAAAUCUAUCGUUUCCGGAAAUGUUUUGAAACUGGUGUCGCCACAUAGCAUGACUAGCGGUAAGCUAAUUAUGAAAAACUCAAAUAUUCUACAAAUGGGCAAAGUAACAUCGAAUGUAAUAGGCGGAAAGCCAGCAUUUGUUAUAACAAAUAAGCAGGGGGCCCAGAUAACAAACCAACAGAUAAUCAUAGUCACUACGGGUAACACCGUACGAACUGUUCCAACUAGCACUACUGUGAGUACUGCAGGUGGGAUGACAUCUGGAACUAAUAUUGUAAGCCUGGUAAGUUCCACAUCAACAACUAAUACUAAUCUUCAAGGAGCUGGUGCUCAAAGAUCUGCUAUAUCUAACCAGACCGGUUUAAAGAUGCUGCGUAAUAUAUCACCUGUACAUACAUCAACAUCAAUGCAGAAAGCAAGUGGUACUCCAAGUCAACAAAAAACAGCACUUUAUAUUGGGGGUAAAGCUGUCACAGUUAUGAGUACCAAUACAAAUGUGACUACUUCUGGCGCUAUAUCCAAUAAAGUAGUAGUGUAUCCUGCUUCAACAGCCGUUACUGCUGCAACCUCAACAUCUCUUAGCGCUAAAAAAAGUUUUGUGUUUAACACUGAUGGCAGUCCUCGUGCCCUGACAUUGACUUCUAAAAAUUUACCGACCAAAAUUUUUCCAUCGAUGCACGUGUCGAAGGAAAUUGUAUCCGAAACACCACUUACUAUUGUCAGUAUGAAAGAAACAGAUCCAAUGGACGAUAUAAUUGAGCAGCUGGAUGGAGCUGGUGAUCUGUUAAAACAUCCUCAAAAUGAAGCACAAACAGAAUCGGUUGAAAACGUAAACAACGAAAACGCUGCAUCGGCAUUAUCGAUUAUCCCUUUAUCAACGUCAGAAUCAGUGGACCAACUUGCACGUGUCGAAUUAAUAGAUAUUUUGAAUAACCAACAUUUGGAAGAGCCGGCUGAAAUUAUUGAUGAUAUGUCAGGAGUAAGCAGCACCACUGACGUUAAACAAACAGAAAUCUCAAAAAUUGAGAGUGCAAAAUUUCUACCUAUUACUGAAAAGGAAAAAAGCAAUGCACAUUCUAUGGCAAAGUCAUCAAUAUCAGCCGAUGACAGUAAUCAACCAAUGAGUACAUCGGAAACAGAAGCUGCCACUAUACUGACCACUAUAAAGACUGCUGAAAUUUUAGUCCAAGGAACUGCCAAAGAUUCUUCUCAUUCAAACAUAGAUCAUGAAAAUAAUAAAAAACAGAAAAAUGAAACUAAAUGUGGCCAAGAAACUCAUUUUUAUGGUGUUUUAUUGCCCCAAAAUUCAAAUCAAUGUCAAAACGUAGAUGGUUCCCAUUUGGAGGCACUUGCUUCAGCUGCUAUGAUGCAAGCCGCAACGCAUGAUCAAGGGGACAAAUUUGUUGUUGAAAAUUCUCACACUCACCAGCGCAGUGGUAACAUCCCAGAAAAUGUAAAUAACCCAUCUCAUUCCUCGUCAAAUGUCUCCCAAAACGACAACCAGAAAUGGCAUACUGUUGGGAUAUUUAAGGAUCUUUCACAUACAGUUACCAAUUAUAUUGAAUCAAAUUGUAUAAGUGAGGGUCUACUUAACGGUAUUGAUUUGGAAAAUUUUCCCGACCUAAGUAAGCUCCCACGAAUCAGUUUGGAACCAGGAACAGCAUACCGUUUUCGACUUGCAGCUAUUAAUUCGUGUGGCCGAGGUGAAUGGGGAGAGAUAUCAAGCUUUAAGACUUGUUUACCUGGAUACCCCGGAGCACCCUCGGCGAUAAAAAUUUCUAAGGAUAUAAAAGAAGGGGCUCACUUAACCUGGGAACCACCACCAGCACAAAAAACAAAAGAGAUAGUUGAGUAUUCAGUAUAUCUUGCUGUUAAGCCAACUUCCAAGGAAAAAUCAUUGUCGACCCCACAAUUGGCUUUUGUUCGGGUUUAUGUUGGUGCGGCCAACCAGUGCACUGUGCCAAACACAUCAUUAUUAAACGCACACGUCGAUUGUUCCAAUAAGCCGGCAAUUAUAUUCCGUAUCGCUGCUCGCAAUCAAAAGGGUUACGGACCAGCUACCCAAGUGAGAUGGCUGCAGGAUCCAACGACUACAAAAUUACACUCACCGGCAAACUCACAAAGUUUAAAACGUUCACAAGAUAAAAGUUCUAGUGCUACUGGUAGCUCUGCAAAUUCCUUAAGUUUGCCAAACAAGCGUGGGCGUCUUGGAUUACACGAAUGACCAUUGAACUAAUUUUUUUAAAUUUAUAUGUACAAGUAGACCAUCGGAUAAGUGAAAUAUUGAAUUAAUAAAUGAAAUGCAUGAAAAUAUUCUUAA